AUGGAAGAAGAGCCGGCGGAACCUGAGCUGGAGGACGAGCGAGCGACUCUUUGUGCUGACAAGGCUGAGAGCGAGGAGAUCCGAGUGGUGGGAAGAGUUAUGGAUCUGACGUUCAUCGAUGAUCGCACAUAUGUUGUGAACAACUCCGUGAGGAGGCUCACCAGUCGUGACAGCAUUGAGCAAGCGUUACCUUCAGGUACCNCCCGCACACGCGGGAAGCUCGAAGCACGCAGCAAAGAGACCAGUACCAAGCAGCUCGUCCAGCAGUGGAUUAGUGAACAAGCAGCCCACCCUACAGCUUCUGUCACGACAUCGUCAAACAGUGUGGAUCAGGCAGCCCUACACAACAGACUAGAAGGUGUCCCGACAGCUCGUCAGUUGAAUGAGACCGUGGAUGAGUUUCUCAAGCGCCUCCCACCAAGAACUACAAUCACUGGUGACUGGAUCUGGAUUACGCCAUCAGGUGGCUACUUUGAUUGCUGUNGCCCCAUACUCAAAGGCAAAGGCAAGGCAGCGGAAUUGCGACACGAUCGAGAGUCGGAAGAGUCGCCAGAACAGUUGAUGUACCGUGCUCGUGGUCUGUUGAGCCAAUUUGCCGCUGAGAAGGAGAGACUCGUCAGCGCCAAUCCAAAUUCAACACAAUCGACCAUCACCAGAAAGUUGGGCCCUCUAAGAGAGCAGUUGAAAGAAGACAUACUUGAUCUUGCGGUGGCCAGUGGAGUGACCAAUGGCAAAUGGAUGCUGUUUCCGAAACCUGAAGAUGUCAACAGGGUGUGGAAAAUCGUCGCUGAAGCAGUGGUCGACGGCAGGUUAGGUGAUACCGCCAAAGUCGCUCCGGCAGAUCCACCUGAGCCUUUCGGUGUUGCUAAAAAGCAACAAGCAAGUCAUCUGAUCUGUGUGUACACCAAAGACUUUUCCGAUCUCAACGACGUUAGAAGAGUGCUUGAAGAGCUAAUUGAGCUCGGCCUUGCUCCACGUGCUGCCGACGGUGCAAUUUACUACAAAACCGACGCAUACACUUAUCUCAACAUCGAUUCCUCAAACGCUUACGGCCUCAAAGCAAGUCUUUACUCCAGUAAAGACAUCGUCGGUCUCUCGAAGACUACAGCAGGUUUUCCAUCGAAGAGAAAGCAGCAGACCUUGACCACCAUGCUUGGUGAUGGGAAGAAAAGAAAGACGUGA